UUCAAGGGACAUCACUUUUCCGGCAGGUGCGCCAAGGGAUGUCAUUAUUGCGUCCUUGGCGACGUUUACAAUGGCUGAAAUGAAGAGUGCUGUUGAAGAUUUGAAAGAUGAACGAGUUCCACAGUGUCUGUAUUGGAACGUAGAUCAGGUGGCUGACUGGAUAGAAGAUCUCGGCUUUCCUUACUAUAGAUCAUGUAUAACAGAAAACCUGAUCAAUGGGAGAAAACUGAUAUAUUUAGGGGCUUCUAAUCUGCCAAACAUUGGAAUUACAGACUUUGAACAUAUCAAGAUUGUUGCUAAAAGUGUGCGUGAUCUGUUAACUUUAGAAGAACCAAACUGGAACAGAAGCAUCUCGCUGCCACCUAGAAGUGAUAUUGGUAUGUUUUUAGAAAAGAAAGCUGGAUCUGGGAAGGAGAUGGAUGCAGUGACCUAUGACAAAUAUUUACUUGACUUUAAAGAUCCAAAAUGGAGACCACCUCUUUCAAAUCACUGCCUUAUACUUCCUCACAGUUAAUCAAAUGUGCAACAUUUAGCACACUAGUGACACAUUUAGCAUACUGAUGUGACACAUUUAGCACGCUCUUGUGACACAUUUAGCAUACUGGUGUGACACAAGGCUUUCACUGCUACAGAAAGUGUUGACUUUUCCACUCAUAAUACUGUUAAAAACUGAACAUCUGAACAAAUCUAUAGGAAGACAGUAGCUCUGUUGAAAAAUACUGGAUUACAAACUAAAGUCAUGACUGAAAAAUAAGCUUUAAGAGAAGUCUAUAUUAAUUUAAUACAAGAUUUGUCAUUUUUCCACUUUGAUUACCUGUAAAUAGCAGCUUUUCACUGCUCUGUGAUAGACCCACUAUAUAUAUAUUCAGAUUCAGGAUUUUAAGAUGAUGCCACACUUAAAUUUGUGCCAAAAACCAUUAAUAGGUUGAGUAUUCACCUUAUUAGAUAAGUCUGCCUGAGCAUAUAAAUAUGUAGUGUGUACAUAAAAUAAUUAUAUCAGGUUGUUCCAAAUGUGCUUUUUAGGUUUUCUGUCUCAUUAUAUCAUUUACUUAUUUUUAUGCCCCCGAAGGGAGGCAUAUAAUUUUUGAACCGUCUGUCCGUCUGUCAGUCUGUCGGUCUGUCAGUCUGUCAGUCUGUGCGCAAUUUUCAUGUCCGGUCCAUAUCUUUGUCAUCGAUGGAUGGAUUUUCAAAUAACUUGGCAUGAAUGUGUACCACAGUAAGACGACGUGUCGAGCGCAAGACCCAGGUCCGUAGCUCAAAGGUCAAGGUCACACUUAGACAUUAAAGGAGAGUGCAUUGAUGGGCGUGUCCGGUCCAUAUCUUUGUCAUCGAUGGAUGGAUUUUCAAAUAACUUGGCAUGAAUGUGUACCACAGUAAGACGACGUGUCGCACGCAAGACCCAGGUCCGUAGCUCGAAGGUCAAGGUCACACUUAGACAUUAAAGGAUAGUGCAUUGAUGGGCGUGUCCGGUCCAUAUCUUUGUCAUCGAUGGAUGGAUUUUCAAAUAACUUGGCAUGAAUGUGUACCACAGUAAGACGACAUGUCGCGCGCAAGACCCAGGUCCGUAGCUCAAAGGUCAAGGUCACACUUAGACAUUAAAGGAUAGUGCAUUGAUGGGCGUGUCCGGUCCAUAUCUUUGUCAACCAUGGAUGGAUUUUCAAAUAACUUGGCAUGAAUGUGUACCACAGUAAGACGACGUGUCGCGCGCAAGACCCAGGUCCGUAGCUCAAAGGUCAAGGUCACACUUAGACGUUAAAGGUCAUUUUUCAUGAUAGUGCAUUGAUGGGCGUGUCCGGUCCAUAUCUUUGUCAUUCAUGCAUGGAUUUUAAAAUAACUACGCAUGAAUGUGUGGCACAGUAAGACGACGUGUCGCGCGCAAGACCCAGCUCCGUAGGUCAAAGGUCCUAAACUCUAACAUCGGUCAUAACUACUCAUUCAAAGUGCCAUCGGGGGCAUAUGUCAUCCUAUGGAGACAGCUCUUGUUUAAACUGACCUUUCAGCACCAGUUAUUCUCUGUUACACUGUUAAUGCCUUGUUAUAUAUACAUUUUAUACAGAUACUUGAAGGAAAUAUUUUCUACAUGAACACACCGUUUUGUUUUAUCAUAUCAAAUUGUGUUUGUGUUUUUGAAAUUUGAAACACAUUUUUAUACAGUUGUACAUCAUAUAGUUCCGAGAAGCAACAAUAUUGCCAUUCUCAGCAGUUCUGGUACUUGAUUUUGAUUUGUGCUGUAUUCCAGCAGUUUUAUAAUCACUGAAAAGUCCUCUUGUUAUUUUUUAAUUGUAUAAUUUUCAAAGGCAGAGUAUAAUUGGACAGUCAUGAACCACCAAAUUAGGCAGAUCAGAACAUCUCUUCUUAUGUUGAAUUAUGAAUCUAAUUACUGUGAAAUCAUUAAAUUUCGUGGGCAUGAAAUUUCGUGGUUUUGGUCAAAAUGACAAUUUCAUGGGGAUAUGAAUUCGUGGAUUUCAACUUUUGAUUAAAAUGAAAGGGAUUUUACUUGUUCGUUGGGAUUGAAUUUCGUGGAUUGACUCAACCACGAAAUCCACGAAAAUUAGUCCCCCAUGAAUAUUACUGAUUUCACAGUAUUACAAUUUGGACCAUGCCAUUAUUUUUUAAUUGCCUUUGAUAUUGUAUUAAACCUUAAAUUGUUACUGCCAUUUUGAUAUACAUAGAGGAUAUUUGUUUGUUUUGAGUGAAUAUGGAAUAUAUCUCACUGAGAAGUGAGAAAAUUUCAAAUAUUUUCACGAGCGCUUUGCGCGAGUGAAAAUUUGAAAAUUUUCUCACUUCGAGGUGAGAUAUAUUCCAUAUUCACAAAAAGUGAACAAAAUUAUCUUUUUAUUUUAUGCUCAAUUACGUUGAGAUGUGCAUUUUGCAACUGUUUUAAUCUCAGCGCGGGAAACAGACGCGCGUAAACAGACAUGACAUCAGACGUGCUGUGACGUUAUAAAGACGCAUGCAACAUAAAGUUCCAUUUUGUUUUAUUUUUUGCUGUAUAACGGUAUGAAAUUCCCUUUAAGUAAAAUAAUUUGAAUCGAGAAAUAUACUAUAAAGAACAAAUUGCGACUACAAUUUUCAUCCUGUUUUAAGCAAAUAAUUUAAAAUUCCUACACAAUGUAAUGAGGGGGCGGAGCUAUAUCUCCCACAGUGUGAAAAUAUAGAUUUCAUAUUUUCACAGUGUGAGUGAUGAGAUAUGAAAAUAUUUAACUGAUAGAAUACAGUAUUUCAUUAGUUAGCAUAAAAUAAACUAUGCAUAUUUUGUCAUUUGCUGGAGCAAAAUGUUGUAUUUGUUGUUGUUAAUUUGUAUAGUAAUUUUUAUGUGAUAUGAUUAGCAGUAUGUUACAUGAAUUACUUUAGUGCACUUACACUACUUGAAAGGUUUGAAAAUGUUUCUCAGAACAGAAAUAUAUACCUCUAUCUGUUAUGAGAAACAAGACACAAAAGCCGCAAUUGGGCAGAUAUUCUUUGAAAGAAAUAGUAGGAAAUAUUAUCCUUACAUUUGAUGUGUGGGAAAGUUGAAUUCAAAACUGUAUUUAGGAUUGUGGACUGUUAUGCUUAACUGUACAUGUACUGUUUAAAGAUAGUGUUAAUUAAGCCUAGAAACAGAUAUAUAGACAGAAAUCUAUAUGAAACAAUAUGCUUAUCUUCCCACUUUUACCUUUAAAUAUAUUGUUUGUGGAAGUUACACUUGACAACAGGCAGAUAUGAUCUUCAUUUGUAGAAAAUAUAAGUGAGACUUUUUAGCUCGACUAUUCAUAGAAUAGUAGAGCUAUUGGACUCGCCCAUGCGUCGGCGUCCGCGUCCCGAUUUGGUUAAGUUUUUGUAUGUAAGCUGGUAUCUCAGCAACCACUUGUGGGAAUGGAUUGAAACUUCACACACUUAUUCACUGUGAUAAACUGACUUACAUUGCACAGGUUCCAUAACUCUGUUUUGCUUUUUUACAAAAUUAUGCCCCUUUUUUGACUUAGAAAUUUUUGGUUAAGGUUUUGUAUGUAAGCUGGUAUCUCAGUAACCACUUGUGGGAAUGGAUUGAAACUUCACACACUUAUUUACUGUGAUAAACUGACUUACAUUGCACAGGUUCCAUAACUCUAUUUUGCUUUUUUACAAAAUUAUGCCCCUUUUUCGACUUAGAAUUUUUUGGUUAAGGUUUUGUAUGUAAGCUGGUAUCUCAGUACUCACUAAUGGGAAUGGAUUGAAACUUCACACACUUGUUCACUGUCAUGAUCUGACAUGCCCAAAGCAGGUCCCAUAACUUUAUUUUGCUUUUUUACAAAAUUAUGCCCCUUUUUCAACAUAGAAAUUUUUUGUUAACUUUUUGUAUGUAAGCUGGUAUCUCAGUAUCCACUAAUGGGAAAGGAUUGAAACUUCACACACUAGUUCACUGUCAUGAGCUGAUAAGCACUAUGCAGGUUCCAUAACCCUAUCUUACUUUUUUACUAAAUUAUGCCCCUUUUUCGACUUUCUUAUUCAUUCAAGCGACAAGGCUGUUAAAUAGUCGAGCGUUGCUGUCCUCCGACAGCUCUUGUUUGUUAUAAGAAAAUAUAAGAUGGUGAGUUAGAAAAAUUAUUUAAACAACUACUUUUGAUUUCCAAUGCUAUAGCUUUCUACCUUAUUGAUUUUUUACUGAAAUAUUCAGUCUUCUUAUAAACUGCCAUAUUUUCCUUGUUAUAUACAUACCAUACUGCUUCAUAUACAUAUUAUUCUAAUUUAAUGUUUUAUCCUUAUAUGGGAUUGUUAUGUUAUUAGUCAUUGUUUUAAAAUAACUAUCUAGCAUAACAAGAUUCUGUUGGAAAAUGACAUUUAAAUGUUAACACCCGUAUUUUUCCUAUGUUUAAGAAUACAUAAGUCAGUUUUUUACAAUUAAGCUGAAUAAUGGUCAAAUCAUGUCAUCUUUAACUAAUAAACUUCUCUCCAAAAUUUCAUAUAUGGAAAUCCAUAUUCAAAUAAAUAUUUUCUUUAACAAAGUACAAUAUUAUUUGAAUUUUUCUAUAAAUUUAGCAAAGAGGUCCCCUUUGACAUGACAAGUCUCAAUCAGUUUAUUGUAUGUGUCAAAUAUAACAUAUAUAUGUUUACACUUAUUCUUCAAUAAAUGUUUAUUUUAUAAUUGUA